GCGAAGCAGAAGAAGGGACUUGCAAUUUGUGUGCAGGAGGGGAAGAGAACAAGUCAAGGGCCUCUGGAUUAGCAGACUGAGGAAAGGAAAAAAGGUCUAUUCCUACUUCUUCCGCAAACAUAAUUUCAGGGGUGACAACAUCUCUCUCUGGACUAAGCUAUAGUGACUCCAAAAGCCCCUCUGGACUGUGGGAUAUAGUUAUUUUGUCUUGCUCGCAUUGUGGAGAAAUUCUCCAUCCUGAGCUUCAGCAAUGAAUUUCCUCCGAAGGCGCCUCUCGGAUAGUAGCUUUGUGGCCAACUUGCCCAACGGCUAUAUGAUGGAUCUGCAGCGUCCUGAUAACUCCACUAGCUCUCCAGGUUCUCCAGCAACUGAGAGGAAGCAACAGCAGCAGCCAUCUCAGCCAUCACCCUCUUCUUCUUCUGGAACCAGUAUCUUCAGUUCCAUCUCCAGUGCCAUGAAGCAGACCACACAAGCAGCUGCAGGACUGAUGGAGCACUCGGCAAGCCCUGCUCCUGUAGCUCAGAAACCCAAGAUCCUUUUGGUGAUUGAUGAUGCUCACACGGAUUGGGCCAAGUAUUUCCAGGGGAAGAAGGUGAAUGGGGAAUUUGAGAUCCGAGUGGAACAGGCUGAGUUUUCAGAGCUGAACCUGGCUGCUUACGUUACUGGUGGCUGCAUGGUGGACAUGCAGGUCAUGAGGAAUGGCACCAAGGUAGUAAGGUCCUUUAAGCCUGACUUUGUUCUGAUUCGACAACAUGCCUACAGCAUGGCACUGGGAGAGGACUUUCGCAGCCUCAUCAUCGGCCUGCAGUAUGGCGGAGUCCAUAGUGUCAACUCCCUUUACUCCAUCUAUAACUUCUGCAGCAAGCCCUGGGUGUUCUCUCAGCUAAUUAAAAUCUUCAGCUCGCUGGGUCCUGAGAAGUUCCCCCUUGUGGAGCAAACAUUCUUCCCAAGCCAUAAGCAGAUGGAUGAAAAGGGACACAGAUUGCUUUCAGUUGCCCUGGCUGGUCAUCCUCUCCUGACUCUCACAACCCCAAAUUUCCCUGUCGUGGUCAAGCUGGGACAUGCUCAUGCUGGAAUGGGGAAGGUAAAAGUCGAGAACCAGUAUGACUUCCAGGACAUGGCCAGCAUGGUUGCCAUGGCAAAAACCUACGCCACCACCGAGGCGUUCAUCGACUCCAAGUACGACAUCCGAAUCCAGAAAAUCGGCAGCAAUUACAAAGCUUACAUGAGGACAUCCAUCUCUGGGAACUGGAAGGCAAAUACAGGUUCUGCCAUGCUGGAGCAGAUCGCAAUGACAGAGAGGUACAGACUCUGGGCAGACUCCUGCGCCGAGAUGUUUGGAGGCCUCGAUAUUUGUGCUGUCAAAGCUGUCCACAGCAAAGACGGGAAGGACUAUAUCAUUGAGGUGAUGGAUAGCUCAAUGCCCCUGAUAGGGGAGCACGUGGAGGAGGACACACAACUCGUAGCUGAUCUGGUUGUCUCCAAAAUGACUCAGCUUCUUGUGACUGCAGGAUCUAUCCCCUCACCUCCAAGGCCUUGGCCACAACAAGUCCAGCCUCAGCCAAUGAAAUCACAGAUGCAGCCUCAGCCUGGACCCCAGCUUGGACAACCGUCCCAACCACGGCCACCUCCUCAAGGGGGUCCACGCCAACCUCAGGGAUCUCAGCCUCCGCGGACUGGAGCACCUCCACAACAACGGCUCUCUCCUCAGGGCCAGCAGCCCCCGAGUCCCCAGUCUAGCUCACCUCAGCAGCAGAGGUCUCCUGGAUCCCCCCAGCUAACACGAUCUUCCACUGGGACCUCCCCAGUCCAGGCCUCCAAGCCGGGCAUCUUCCCGCCACAGCAGCCUAGACCCCCUGCCCAAGGACGGGCUCCUGCUCAACAAGGCCUUGGUGAAACACCCAAGCAGCAGGCCUCCCCACAUCCACACCUGAACAAAUCCCAGUCCCUGACGAACACCUUCAGCAUAUCUGAAUCAUCACAACGGGGAAAUGCCAACGAAGAUGAGGCAAAAGCUGAAACCAUUCGCAACCUGAGGAAGUCUUUUGCUAGCCUGUUUUCUGAUUAACAUCCCUGCAAUUGGAGCAGUGCUUUUGUUAGUGCACUCUUCAUAUCAACCUACCCGAUGUUAUCAUGGAAUUUACUCACUGGUACCUACUCAUGCAAAAUCUGGGACCAUAAUCCUUCAAGCAAUCUUUUCUAAAUGGGUUUUGGCCAGGAAUAAUUUGGCCCUAGAAGUUUUAAUUUUAAGGGUUAUUCCAACAUGGGCCAGAAAAGUGAUUAUGUAAAAAUGGCAGUUGGUAAAUCUGCUGUGUGUGCAUAGUCAGUCAGAUCUGCUGACUUGAGUGACUUGAAAUAAUUUCAAAGUACUUUUCACUCCUAUUACCCCUUUCUGAGACAACACAGCUUUUGGAGAGCAAAUUAGAUUCUAUUUUGGCUUGCAUAUUAUCAAUGGAAUGAAUAACUACGGUCCCAUUACAGACUCUUUAUUCUCAUUGCGGCUGACCCAAAAGGAACAGAGUUUGAUUUCUGAUGCAAAUGAACAGAGACAGAAAUUAGAAUAAACAUCUGUUUACUUGUAAAGUGAGCAUGUUUGAUCUGGAAAUCAUGGAGACACAAUGAAUUUGGAACCUCAUAAUGCUGGCUUUACAGAGUCACUUUUCUGAGCAGAAACACAUUUCAAGUAAAACUUGGUAUCAGCUGUUAGUAAGUCCCAGAGAUCAUUGGAGCAGGGUAUAUAUUGGAUUUCUGCUCUGCUCAGGGCCAUCUUACCAGUAGCAAUGUAAAUGUCGCUGUUUCACACCUUGAGGCUAUGUUUCCUAUGUGUUACUUGAUUUCUGGGAGAAAGGUGUCAUGUUAUAACC